UCCAAAGACUACCCCGCGCUUUACGCUUUAUAUACUACCUACUACUACCGGUACUACCUAUAUACUACCUACCUACUCACAGGUACUUGCUAUUCACAAUACCUACCUAGCCUACAUACAGUAGGUACCUACUGCUACUUAGUUCAGCAGCCACCAUCAAUUGAUUCGUCCCAUCCGGGAGGUUCGAGGUUACCUACGGCUUGUCAGGUGGCUUUCGUUGCAUCCCCUGCGGACCGCCAACGAUGACUACUCUAGUUCCCCGUCCUCCUUAUACCGACGAUGAGCUCAAAUCGCUAUAUCCAGUCAACCUGGAGCUCCAGCUAGUGCAGGUCUUGCUGCGACACGGUGAGCGUACUCCUGUUUCGCCCCGUUUCCAGAACACCGGUCUCCCUUCCUUUUGGCCAUACUGCACGGCGGUCCGCCAGUUCAAGUCUACGGUGCUCGAUCGUACCGCCGGCCAGUUCACGACUCUGGAGUGGAAGCGUCGCUUGGAGAGCUUUGGUCGCAAUGACGAGCCGAUACUGGUUGUUGGACCCAGGGGCGAGGUGGACGCAAUCUGCGAUAUGGGCAUGUUAACAGAUCGUGGCCGCGAGACGACAUUCGACCUGGGCACGCGUCUAAGAAGGCUCUAUGUCGACCAGCUUGGAUUCCUCCCACCAACCCUACCUAACGCGGAUUCGUUAUAUCUCCGCGCGACCCCUAUACCACGAGCUCUCGAUUCCCUUCAAGAGACCUUCAUCGGCCUUUAUCCAGCACAUACCCGCUCGCCUUCGUUUCCACCACCCACUGUCCUUCUUCGUUCGCCCGGAGAGGAGACCCUGUUUCCGAACGAUGGUCAGUGUCGACGCUUCGCGGCUCUCUCCCGGGCCUUCGCGCAGCGUGCAGCCGACCGCUGGAACGACACAGAUGAGAUGGCUUACCUAAAUAAGUUAUACGGGAAGUGGAUGCCUACCACCUCGCCCAAAGUGGCAGUGGAUGGACGGCCCAGGUUGAGUGGAAUAAUGGACACGAUCAAUUCAACACUCGCUCAUGGGCCUGAAACAAGACUACCAAAGGAAUUCUACGAUCCGAAAGGCCGCGAAAUUAUCGAAAAGAUAGCAGUUGACGAGUGGUUUUCGGGUUAUAAGGAGAGCCAGGAAUACCGCACUCUAGGUAUUGGAGGAUUAAUGGGAGACAUCGUCAGUAGGAUGGUGGGUAGCACCGAGCACUCAAGCGCAGAUGGGGAGUACGAGGUUGGGAAAGCAUCGAGAAAAGAGCGGACGGGAGAUACUAAUGGAACAACACCUAUCCUGUUUGGGCUCAGCGGAUGUCACGAUACGACUCUGGCUGGCGUGUUAGCCAGCUUAGGAGCUCAUGAGAGCAACGAUUGGCCUCCAUACACAAGUCAUAUUGCUAUAGAGAUGUUUCGCAAGAGUGAGAACGUUUCGAAAACUUCCGGCGCCCCCGCUGCGCCCCCGCAAACUACUGGUAGGAGUGCAGAUCUGAAUGCCACAAGCUCCAGUUCCAGCUGGUUUACCUCACUUUUCUCUUGGACAUCGUCGGUCGGAUCGCGCGCCACACCACCACCAGGAAUAGGUCGCAAACAAACAGAGCACUUAACCCCAAAGGAGAAAGCGAAGCUGCAACAUUACUAUGUGCGUCUUCGAUAUAACGACGAGGUCGUCGCAAUACCGGGCUGUCGAACACCAGGCAAUCAUCUCGAAGGGUAUGAAAGCUUUUGUACACUAGAAGCAUUCAAAGCCAUCGUCGAUAAAUUUGUCCCAACCAACUGGAAGCAACAGUGCGCAGAAAGAGUGAAAGAACCCGCAUUCCCAACUAAACCCGAACCUGCUGGGUACUAACAUCUACCUACCAAUAAUCACCGCCAUCUCAAAACAGCUACCUACAUCAAACAUAGCGGAAGCUUCAGCUUUCUCUCAUCUCUUUCGUGGAUAGAAUGGCAAGGUAACCAGGUGCAUGGUAUAGAUGUUUUCGAUAUCCAAAACAUCAAGUGACAUCAAAAACGAAAAGAUAGUUAAAAACGAAACCUUAGACCGAUUAAAGGCAAUGAGAGAAUGCGAUGGCCGCUUAUAGUAAGCUGAACAGGAUCAUACACAUUUGAAAAACACUCGGCGUGGAUAGCAUUUUGUUUUGCGUCUGUUCAUAGUGAAUAGACAGAUAAAGUAUAAUUAGGAUCCCAUUCUGACAACGUAUUUUACCAAAAUUUACAGGUUUACUUGAAA